AUGGAUGGACCCGAUCUUUUGGGUUUACGACAAGAGACCUUGACCUCGACUCUUCCCUUCGUCAAUCCUUCUACCCUCCCCACUAAGAAGAAGUCUAGGAGAGGCGGCGAUCCAUCCACUCAAAAACGCCGGUGCGUUAGCACCGCCUGUAUAGCUUGUCGUCGCCGGAAGUCCAAAUGUGAUGGCGCACUUCCCAGUUGUGCCGCUUGUGCGAGCGUGUAUGGCACCGAAUGUAUCUACGACCCUAAUUCAGAUCACCGUCGGAAAGGCGUGUACCGAGAAAAGAUCGAUAGCAUGAAAGCUCGGAACUCCACACUUCAGAUCCUCAUCGAAGCCAUACUGAACGCCGACGAAGACGAGGUCCCCGAAAUUGUCAAGAGAAUACGAACUUGCGAUAGCUUAGAUACCGUAGCCGAGUCCAUACUUAAACAUGAAGAUUUCAGUAAUGGUGGUGUCCAAAAUGAGGAGCAGGUUGAGACGGACUACGCCACCGAUAUGCCCGUUGAGGGUGAGAGAGACCUCGCUCGUAAGAUGGGGGAGCUAAGGCUGGAGAACGGUUCAAUGAGGUUCAUAGGCGGUACUUCUCAUUUGAUACAUUGGGAUAUACACGGCGCGUCAAAUCCAGAAUGCGAGUCUCAAGAUCCAAGUGCGGUUGAUGUUGAUCCAACCACCAGUUGGUCAGAUGUUACGAAGGAUCGGGGGAUUGUCAAGCAUUUGCUUGACAUGUACUUCAACUGGCAUUACCCCUAUUUUACGACUCUAUCGCGAACCCUAUUUUAUCGCGACUUUCUGAAAGGAAAAUCGCAUAUAUCGCCCAAUAAGACUACGUAUUGCUCGCCGUUAUUAGUCAACGCGAUGCUCGCAUUAGGAUGUCAUUUUUCUGACGCUCCUUGCGCCUAUGCUACGGCUGAUGACAGCUGGACUAAAGGGGAUCAUUUCUUCGCUGAAGCCAAGAGACUCAUCGUCGACAAUGAUGAAUACGAAAAGCCACGGUUAACAACAGUGCAGGCCUUAGCUCUAAUGUCUGUUAGAGAAGCCGGUUGUGGGCGAGAGGCCAAGGGUUGGGUGUAUAGUGGUAUGAGUUUUAGGAUGGCACAAGACUUGGGACUGAACUUGGAUAUCGGUGGCUGGGCCGACAACGAGAAUCUAGACGAACAAGAGAUUGAUGCGCGAAGGGUUACCUUCUGGGGCUGCUUCUUAUUCGAUAAAUGCUGGUCAAAUUACCUAGGUCGACUCCCACAGCUGCCAAAGAGUUCCUACAGCGUUCCCAAAUAUGAUGUUUUCCCCAACGAAGACGCCGAGCCCUGGUGUCCAUACACGGACGCUGGCUUUGACCGGCUAGUCGAACAGCCCUCACGAACUCGUACGAUUGGCUUACAGUUGUCCAAGUUGUGUGAGAUCAGUAGCGACCUUCUUCUAUUCUUUUACCACCCGAACCACAUAGGGCGGUCAAGCGGCAAGUCUGUUGAGCUGAAGAAACUGAGUGAAUUACAUCGGCGCCUUGAGGACUGGCGGACGGAUUUGCCUAAAGAACUUGAACCCAAAGAGGGGCAGUUACCCAACGCCAUCCUAAUGCAUAUGUUCUUUCAUCUUCAGUAUAUUCACCUUUUCCGCCCUUUUCUCAAAUACUCUCCUAGCACAUCCCCGCUACCGUCUCAUGUUUCUCCAAGGAGAAUAUGCACUGCAAAUGCCGGCGCUAUCUCUAAAUUGAUGAGACUGUAUAAGAAAUUGUACAACCUCCGUCAAAUCUGUAAUAUAGCAGUGUACAUGUUACACUCUGCUUGCACUAUCCACAUCCUCAAUCUUCCCGAGAAAACUGCUAAGAGGGACAUCAUCCAUGGAGUGAAACACCUCGAAGAGAUCGCCGAAGAUUGGCUCUGUGGCCGACGGACCCUUAGCAUCAUCAGCGUUCUUGCUCGUAAGUGGAACGUCGAACUUCCUGAAGAAGCCUCUCAUGUUUUACGGCGUACGGAUGAAAAAUGGGGCACAUUCAAGACAUCCGACGUUCCCUCGCCUCGGUCACAUAAUUCCAUGUCCACCCCUCAACCAGUUGCAGCCUCGAUGUCGCCACAAGGGAAACUUGCGUAUAGCCCUCCAGGGCAGAAUACCCCAGAUUCUGCCAUAUCCCCAGCAGUCAACUCAGCACCGGUUUCGUCGCCCAAGGUGAUGAAAAACAUCAACUCUCCACCUUCCAAUUUUGAACAAGAUAUGCAAGCACCACAACAAAUGAUUAAUAAUGUAGCCAUGAUGAACAAUCCAGUGAAUCUAGAGACCGAUAGACUAGGCAACCCAGCGUGGCAUCAGCAGCCAAUACCUCAACCUGCUCUCAGCUAUGCUCAGAGCUAUGUUGCAAUCCCAACCAGUACUGCAUCCAAUCCAGAAUCUCAAAACACAAGAAGAACACAAGCCCCAAACUCCAUGUACGCGGUCGACGGACAAGAUUGGUACCUCAAGGACGGUGUAAAUUGGCAAUCUGGCUUCGAUACAUGGAAUAUGGGCAGUGGGCCGUCCGGAUCAAAUGUAUCGGAUCCCUCCAUGUUUAUAUUCACAUCAAACUCACAGCCCAACACUAACGGGCGGACCGUGGUAUCCCCCAUGGACUUUGAUUUCGACAGCCUCAACAACCUGUCUGCUUCUAUGAAUGAAUGGGAUCUAGCGAACUUGGAGGAGUGA